GGGUUUCCGGGUGGCCUGCCCGCUAUCCUUGGGCGCAAACCAGCGGGGACAGCUCGUUGGCCCGCCUCUCUGGUUCCUUUUUACUUUGGGAGCAGCGGCUUGGGCACAUCCUGGCUGCCGGAGUCCCCUGGCCCGCCCCCCAAAUCCUGGUCCAGCGCCGUCCAGCGGGAGACACCCAGUGGGCGCAGGAGGGAAAAAAUAGACUGCCCCCCUUUUCCCCAGGCCCUCUGCUGUCUUGGGAGCUGGGUUCGAUGCUAGCGAAAUCUUUGUCGACCACCUCGUUUCCGUUUCCUCUCUUCUCUCUUCCUUUUGCCUUUUUUCUUUUCUUUUUUUUGAUACGACUUCCUCUGUUUCUCCCUCCCCCCCCUUUCACCUAAAACGCCCGUCUUCGUCAGCGGAUCGUCAGCGCAACAUCGUCAGCAACCGUCUUUUAAGUGUCUGCUGGAACCAACCCGCCACCUGCAUUCGGUUCCCACGCAAAGCACAGUUGCCUGCAUUGCUUAUUCGCUCGCGCCCUGAGGCGGUUUAUGCUACAGUACAUACAGAGUACAAGCUCUGGGACUGUGCGCUGCCCACCUACGGUCACCCGCCUUCUCUGACGAACAUUGACCACCUUACCACACCCACAACUACAACCACCGUCGACGGUUUCGUUUCCCACCUGGUAGCCACACGGGCUCCUAGUUGAUCAUAACGCUUACCCUCUUGCCUGCGGCACUUGGUUCAGCCUUGAUCAUUGUUCUUCUCUCCUCUUGCGCCGCUGUCGCGAUCAUCAUGCGCACGCAGCUCCAGCAUUGUUGAUACAAUACCGUGAAACCACCUCCCGAAACGACACACCCACCUUUUACAACCACACGCACACUCUUGCUAGCUGCUCCGCCUUCUAUAUUGGGCUACCACGCUUCUUAGCUGCUCAUUCUCCUUUCCCUUGUUUGCUCUGCAGCUCCCGAAACCUGCCUUAUUGCAAGGCUUCGCUUUGUUUCGCCAAGCACCCCUGCUAUAGGUCCAAUCCACAGGAUACUUGCCGCCAGCUUGCAUUUCUGGGGGGCCGAAUACUGCGACGCCUGAGGCCCCUCCGCUUUGAUUCUUUUAACUUCUACCACACCAACCGCUGGUGCGACCAGCAUCAACUCUCCGAUGUUCAGUAAAUUUUACGGCAAACUUCAAGGCCCGGGCAAGACCGGCUACGCUCCUGAUCAUCUUGGCGGCCAGAGCAACGAUUUGCAAACAAGUGCCCACGAUUUUGGCCUGGUCAGACCCGACGACUUGGCUCUGGGUGCUACUCGCAUUCGCCCCGGCACUACAUCUACUAACAACACAGACAAUUCGUUUGCAGACGGAUUCCAUCCGUCCAAUCAAUCUACAGGCGGGCUCACUGUUCCUCCCCGAAUCCGCGGUGAAUCGGUCGGAUCUCAAAAUAGCGGAAGCCCACGACGAGUUGGUGCGAUCGAUAAUAACAGAAUGGCCAGCACUACAGACCGUAGCCGCUUCCGGCGCGAGAGAACCUUUGUAGGAAGUGAAUGUGCCGUCUGUGAGGAACCUCUCGAACAUACCUUGCAAGGUGAACGGAUCCUUCAGUUCUCAUGCUCCCAUGUCUCGCAUGAAGCCUGUUUCUACGAAUUUAUCCGCGAGUUCGACUCACAAUACUGCCCCUCAUGUGAUUCCCCUCUACAUCUCGACACUAGUAGAGGUGGCAACGUUAUUGAUAUCAAUAAAAUAAGCAACCUCGUCAGAUCCGCGGGUAGCGACACCCGAUCUACCCCUACUCCCACGCCGACAUGGGAUAGCCAGACUAUGAGACCGCCCAGCGUCGACAGCGCUCAACGCCGCUCGCAACAGCAACAACAACAACAACAACAACAACAACAGCAACAGCAACAGCAACAGCAGCAGCAGCAAUCGCAACAGCAAGGAGGAACACCUAGCACCCGAGAGAGCUUGCCCCGUGGCAGCUUAAGAGACAGCCGCGAUGCCGCCCUGUCGGCCUAUGCUUCCUCAAGACAUGCUCGUAGUGAUAGCGAAGCAACUGGCGUUGCUUCGUCGGGCUACCCAGAAACGACUCAGAGCGGGCAUCAAUGGCGCCAUGACUAUGACGUACAGGCCAUGGAAACCACACCGGCUAGCCCUCAACGCCUGGCCACCAGAAAUCCCAUUCCUGCACCUAUUGUUACUGUGCGUUCGGAGUUUCCUACCAUCAGCCGCUCACGUCGCCAAGAGACGCUCACCUGUCUUGUUACUAUCGAAGUCCCCGAUAACCAGUGGCGACCCGAUCCCGAGGAUAUUGGAUCCCCUACUAUCCAAAGGCAAGGCUCAAUGGGCAAAAUCGACAAUGUUGCAGCGUAUGCUGCAUCUCCUGCUCCUACUCCAGCUCCCAGGUUCUAUCCUUACGAGUCCCCAGAGGCGCUAGAGAAGAUGAGUGAAGAUUUACAGGCUCGUGUUGACAACUGGAACGGUCUUGAUUUUAGCCGCUUUGGAAAGCUCCGCCUGUAUGGUACUCUGCGUGUUGGUAAGGACAAGAUCAACUGGCAAGAGCUUCAAUGUUUCCUAUUCUCCGAAAUGUUCAUUUGUGUCCGAGAGAAGAAGGCCAGCGCCGCAGCGAACGCCGAGUGGCCUGAAGGUACUGCACCACCCCCGAAGUACUCGCUCAAGGGAUCGAUCUUGAUCAAGAAGCACCUCAGCGAUGUUUUCGAAACCCCCAACAGCGACGACAAUAUCCUCACCCUGAGUCUUUCCGUUGCCGAACUUCCCCAGUUCCACCUGCAUUUCGAAAACCGUAACCAGCUUAAGCUCUGGUACCAGGCCCUGAUUGACUUGAACUCCCCCGACCCAGCCCCCAUCCGAAGCCCUGAAUUUGAUCGGGCAGACUUCUCUGAGAAUGACGAGGAGGUAGACUGGCACCGCCAACGAACUCAAAGGGUUUCUUCAACCACAUCUUCUUGGGGUCCCAAGUCGGUUGGAACAGCCCCUACCGAGUACACCAGCCUUGCCUCGAAGCAGAGCUUUAUUCCAACUUCUGUUCACAUUCCCAUUGAUGUCGUCGUCGUCGUCCCGAUCUCUUCGUCUAUGCAGGGUGUGAAAAUCAACCUGGUCAGGGAUGCGCUGAAGUUUAUGGUGAGCACUCUCGGCGAGCGCGACCGCAUGGGCCUCGUUACAUUUGGCUCUGGAGGAGGCGGUGUCCCAAUUGUUGGAAUGACAACGAAAGCUUGGCCUGGCUGGGCCAACAUCUUGGGCUCUAUCAAGCCAGUCGGUCAAAAGAGCCACCGCGCUGAUGUUGUCGAAGGUGCAAAUGUCGCCAUGGAUCUUCUUAUGCAGCGCAAGCACAGCAAUCCUACAGCAGCUAUCAUGCUUAUCAGUGAUGCCUCUACGUCAGACACUGAUUCAGUUGACUUUGUCAUUUCUCGCGCUGAAGCAGCCAAGAUUACAAUUCAUACCUUUGGCCUAGGAAUGACUCAUAAACCUGAUACUAUGAUCGAGUUGUCUACUAAGACCAAAGCCUCUUAUACCUAUGUUCAGGAUUGGAUGAUGCUGCGUGAAUGCCUUGCUGGUUGCCUGGGUGGCAUGCAAGCGCUCUCUCAUCAGAAUGUUAAGCUCAAGCUCAAGCUUCCUGAAGGGUCACCGGCUAAGUUCCACAAGAUAAACGGUGCAUUGCAAACCACUAAGCGAGCUACUGGCCGUGAUGCGGAAGCAUCGCUUGGCGAUCUCCGAUUUGGUGACAAGAGAGACAUUCUUGUCCAACUCAUCAUCCUGCCUGACAGCUCCUCACAGGACCAGCUUCCUCAGGAUGCUUGGGACAACAUUGUCUCGGGCCUAGAGGCUCUCGGGGGCAGCUCAGAGAGUGAUCCUGAACGUGGUGUAUCGGUUGAAGAAGUCCCGCUCAUUCAAGCUGACGUUAUCUGGGGCGACAUUCUCCGAGAAGGCGCCAUCACUCAAAUGCCACGCCCAUCACUGCUCGCGAUUACCAUGCUCCCCCCUAGCUCGUCUCAAAAGAAAACAUGGCAGGGCUCUCCUCCUAUCCCACCCCACCCCAGCAUUGUCCAGCGUCGUAUGGAGUUGCUGACAUCCGACAUGCUGUCGAGAGCGUUGACUCUUGUCACCCGGGCUCAACACGAUCGCGCCCACACCCUCCUCAACGAGACAAGAUCUAUUCUCAAGGGUCUUGGCAAAGGUGGCCUUCCCCCUGUCCCCAUGACUAAGUCGGUGCCAUCUACGCCUCAUCCAGGCAACGACUCAUCACCAAACCCUGCCGGAACACCAGACCGAAAGCGCAGCCCAUCUCCCCAAAGCCCUGCCUCGUCUGGCGGGCUUCAUGGACCAUUGGCAAGCGCAAAGUCAGUUCCCGAUGCCGUCAAUCUGUGCACAGGUAUUGACGCCGGCACUGUUGCCGCCCUGGAUGCGGAGCUUGAGAGAGCUCUUGAGUGGAUUAACCACCCUGCCGUGUUUGGACGCGAUAGCCGCAAGGCUGUUCUUCAAGCCAUUGGAGUCAUUAGCUCCCAGCGCGCCUUUACCUUCCGAACACCGAUCGAGAAGCUCUGGGCCAGCCGCGUAGCAGGUAUCCGCCGCCUCUCGGACCGCAGCCGCGAGUGGCGUGAAGAAGGUGGCGAUGGCGGUGGCAUCAUGGAAGAAGCCUAAAACCCCCAAGCGCGCGGACCUCUCUGCCCGAACAUUUCAGGGUGUCGUUCUGACCGAUGUCAUUGCUUGCCCUGAGCAUUCUCCAGUUCUUGGAUCGAUUUCCUUCACUGUCAAUGCUUAUACCCCUUGCCCCAAGUCACAGUAACUGGGUGCAUUGUUCAAUGCUAUUUAUCCCAUUUGUCGAUGCCGAUCCCUCACAAUGCUUGCCUAGAAGUUUUUCACUAGGAAGCACUGUGCUGGGCAUUAUGUGCAUACAGCCACCUUGUUGAAGCUCUCAUUUUCUGCCUCUCGUUUUCUGAACUUGUCUCUCCCUCUUUUUGUUAACGUUUUAUGACGGGACUUCUUGGAUAUGGCGGAUACAACUCCCGCACACGUUUAUUCUGGUGGGAAUGAUCCCCGAAACAUGCUUAAUGUAUGAUUAUCGAAAAAGUCAUCUGCUCUCACGGAACAUCUUUUCUAUAUUGUUCACAUGUAUCUACCAUUUCAUUUUGUAUUGAGCCACGAAAGUUUAGCAUAUGUUAUGUGUUAUCACUUGGAUAUUUUAUGAAGCAUUAGUUCUAC